CCCCCUUCCCUCCUCUCCCCGCUCAGAGUGAUGACAUCACGAACAGCCGGUAUAAAACCGACCAGUAGGAUUGCAGCAUAGCAGUCUCUCUGUCCCUCUCUCUCUCAUUCUGUUUCUGCUCUCUUACUCCCUCUCUCUCAUUCCUUCACACCACUGCUAACAACAUGGCUGAGGCAUUCGCAGGCACAUGGAACCUGAAGGACAGCAAGAACUUUGACGAAUACAUGAAGGCUCUGGGUGAGCAGCGUGUGUGUUUGUGGUGUAACGGUAGUGGUAAAGGAUGGGGUGUGCCUCCCUGUGGGUGCAUGUGUGCACUUGUGAGAAGGGUGUGAGUGUUCAUGAAUACUUAAAGGUGUGUGUUUGUGUGCACCCACGUGUGUUUUUGUGCUGAUGUGUGCUUGUGAACACGAGUGUGUGACACACACGAGCUCACAAAUACACAUAUAUGCCCAAAAAUACACACACAUGCAGGCGUGUGUAUUUGUGCACGCUCUCAUAUGUGUGUGUGGCAGUGGAGGCUGCUGAGGGGAGGACGGCUCAUAAUAAUGGACGGAAUGGAGUGAAUGGAAUGGCAUCAAACACAUGGGUUUCAUGUGUUUGAUACCAUUCCAUUCCAGCCAUUAUUAUGAGCCGUCCUCCCCUCAGCAGCCUCCACUGGUGUGUGGGUGCUCACAUGUGUGUGCGUGUAAGUAGCAGAGCAUGCAUGUUUAAAUGGUUAAUGCUAAGCUUCAUAAAAAACAGGGUGUGUGUUGGACACAUGCAAAUAGAGAGAGAAGGAAGAGAGGGAAAUUGACAGAAGGAGAGAGGGAGAGAAAGAGAGGGAGGUUGGAUGAAAGAUGGAGAAGUAGGAACAGAGCCAGAGAGGGAGGUAGAUAAAGAAAGCCAGGGAGAGAGUGGUUGAUCACAUGGAGUUAGUGGUGGGGGGGGGGGGAAGAGUUGGUGACCACAUGGAGUUAGUGGUAGGCGGGGGGAGAGAGUUGGUGACCACAUGGAGUUAGUGGUAGGGGGGAGACAGUGGUUGACCACAUGGAGUUAGUGGUAGGGGGGGGAGAGAGUGGUUGACCACAUGGAGUUAGUGGUAGGGGGGGAGAGAGUUGGUGACCACAUGGAGUUAGUGGUAGGGGGGGAGAGAGUUGGUGACCACAUGGAGUUAGCGGUGGGGGGGGGGGUUGAUCACAUGGAGUUAGUGGGAGGGGGGGGGGGGACUCAAUUCAAUGGGCUUUAUUGACAUGGGAAAAAGUGGUACAUUGCCAAAGCAAGUGAAAUAGAUAAAACAAAUGUGAAAUAAAAAAUAGUAAACAUUGCACUAAAAAAACUUCCAAAGGAAUAGAGACAUUUCAAAUGUUAUAUUAUGUCUAUAUACAGUGUUGUAACGCUAUGAAAAUAGCUAACUACAAAGGGGAAAAUAAAUAAACAUAUGGGUUGUAUUUACAACGGUGUUUGUUCUUCACUGGUUGCCCUUUUCUUGAGGCAACAGGUCACAAAUCUUGCUGCUGUCUCUCUCGCUCUCUCUGUUUGAAUUGGGGGGGGGGGGGGGGGGACAAUGCCCCUACUGCGAGAAACUCUUUGUGGUCUGAGCUGCACACACACAUAGGGGGUGAAAUUCUCUGAAAGAGCGUUCCUUUUUUGAGGCUAGCGUUGUGAGGAGGGUUUUAAUAUUAACAUAGUGUGCGUGACCCCUGGGGUUAUUAGCUUCGACCUCUCUGCUCGUCACCAUAGUAAUGACCCACAACCAACUCUCCUGAUCACUCAGGCAGGUGACACAAACUAGCUGUAUGGAUUGUGUGACUGUGUCACUAUUAGCCUUGGGAGAUAAACAUUACUUUAGUUCAGGGGAGAAGGAAAGUACUCUAGAACUGAUCACACACAGCUGGGUCUGAUGACGUUUGCUGAAUGUUUAAAGAACACAUAAAAUAGAGAUACUAGUGGUAAUUAGAUGCAGUUAUAUCAGCCCGAUCAGCAGUCAGUUUACACAAACAGAACAGAUCAAUAAGUGCUGCAGUGCACUGUCUGGUCUAAAGACUGUUCACUUCAUGUGUACCUUUUUAUUUAUUUACCUAUAGGUCACACCAUAGCUGUAGCUCAGUUGGUAGAGCAUGGCGCUUGCAACGCCAGGGUUGUGGGUUCAAUUCCCAUGGGGGGCCAGUAUGAUUUUUUUCACACAACAAAUGUAUGCACUCACUAACUGUAAGUCGCUCUGGAUAAGAGCGUCUGCUAAAUGACUAAAAAUGUUUUUGUUUUUUUAAAUAGUCACAAGGAGUUUUUAUGGGCUUGAAAACAGUCAGUCACACAUCAUUAACCCCAAAAGUGUUUUCGUGCAUGGGUGCGUGCAUUGCAUUUUUCUUUAGAAAUGAAUGUCAACAGUAAGGGUGGGGCUGUAUUGGCAGCAGCAGUAGUAUUUCUAAUCAAGAUGUGAUAGUCAGGCUAUAAUAUGAGAUAGUAGGCUAUAAUAUUCUUAUCCAGAUGGAAUCUGAAGUGUUAACUUGUGAUGUGUUUUUGAUUGACAGGUGUGGGCUUUGCGACACGCCAGGUUGGCGGUAUGACCAAGCCCACCACCAUCAUCGAGGUAGCUGGAGACACAGUCACUCUAAAGACACAGAGCACCUUCAAGAACACCGAGAUCACCUUCAAACUAGGACAGGAGUUCGACGAGACCACCGCCGACGACAGGAAGGUCAAGGUAAGAUGUCAGGGUUAAGGGCCUGUAUUCACAAAGCGUCUCAGAGUCAGAGUGCUGAUAUAGGAUCAGCUUUGCCUUUUAGAUCAUCAUUAAUAAGACUAUAUGGACAGGGAGGACCUGAUCCUAGAUCAGGAUGCUGAGACACUUAGUGAAUACAGGUCCAGGUAGUCAGGAGUGCUUAAAAACGAACUGCCUUAAGUCCUAGAUGGCUAGCUGAUGAUUAUAGUCAUACUAUAUGGUGGGUGUCAUAACUAUGUUUUUAUUGAUAACACUUUACACUCAUUUUUAUGGCUAACACGUUACACUUUACAGCUAUAUUACAUUAUUAUGUAGUUAUAAUACAUUGUAAGAGUUGUCAUGAGUGUGUAUACUUAUAAUGGGGUGAGAGGUCAGAGGCUAGAGUUUAAGUAUGAUGGAUUAUAGGUAAUGGUUGUAUCUGCCAUGACAUCCAGGGUUGCGUAAGAGAGCAAAUUAUUUAAAAACUAACUGAGUCAAACAGACAAACAGUGACAGAGGCCUUGAAAUGUUUAGUGGGUUGAGGAGUCAAAGGUAAGAGGUCAAGGAUGAUGAGUUGUAGCGGUGUGAGCGGAGACAGCUGCUACAUGAAUCAGAGAGAGAGAAAAAAGGCUACUAAGCAGGAUCUGAGUGAAAAAGAGAACAGAGAGACACACACAAUGUCUUAUUGUUGAGGAAUAGUUACUCGUGAUGUGUUGUCACGGAUUCUGCCGAGGCUGCCCCUCCUACUUGCUCGGGCAGGCUUCGGCGUUCGUCGUCACCGGAAUACUAGCUGCUGCAGAUCUAUGUUCUAUGUUUCACCUGUUGUCUAUUGUUACACACCUUUUGACUCCAUAUAUGGUGCGUGUUUCUGUCACGAGUGUCAAUGUAAUGCGGUGGAUCGAAGUCAGGCGCAGGACACAGAACUCUAUGAAACGUACUUUACUGUAGAAGUAAAGACAACAAUACAGAACACCUCCACACAGGGAGGAAGUAACCCGCUCACCAACGACACACGCAACGAAAAACAAACACUCACAAAACACAUUGGGAGCCACUGGGUUAAAUAGGGAAGGAGUAAUCACAUAAUGGGCAACAGGUGUGUAACAAUAGACAACAGGUGAAACAUAGAACAUAGAUCGGCAGCAGCUAGUAUUCCGGUGACGACGAACGCCGAAGCCUGCCCGAGCAAGGAGGGGCAGCCUCUGCAGAAUCUGUGACGUGUGUGUACGCGUGUCUAGUAGCCUCAAGUCAACUCUUGAUAGGUGGCCACACGUUACAUACUGUAGGCUAACUCUGUUUAAAGUGCAGUCAAAUCCGUUCUUUAUCUGCUAUUACACACACAUUCACCACAGUCUCAAACUCACCUUUAGUAGUAGAUUGUAUCUUCUUAUCGCCUCCAGUUUUUCCCAGUAUGUGUUUGUAACAUAUCUCUCUCUCUCUAGUCCCUAAUAACGGUAGACGGUGGUAAGAUGGUUCACGUGCAAAAGUGGGACGGCAAGGAGACCACUCUGGUCCGCGAAGUCAGCGGCAACGCCCUCGAACUGGUUAGUACCGAGUGUGUUUUUGUGUACAUAUAUAUAUAUAUACACACAUACAUACAUACAUACAUACAUACAUACAUACAUACAUACAUGUGUGUAUGUAUAAAAAAAUCUAUAUAUAAAUCAAUGUGUAUACUGUAUAUCUAACUAUACUCUUCGCUCUUCUCCGAAGACUCUGACUCUGGGUGACGUCAUCUCCACACGCUCCUACGUCAAGGCCGAGUGACAACAUCCACCCAAAAACUCCACUACCCUUUGCCACACCUGCCCCCCAAAAAACAACCCUACCCCUGACCCCCAACGACCUCUAACCAGUCUGACCGAACCCCUGCCGACUCCUGUUGUCCAGUCCUUCUCUUUGUAGUGCUUCUAUUCUGUAUGAAACACUGAAUAAAUUCCACUUAUGUUUUUUUUCUCUAAAA